UGUCCGUGUCAUCCGGUGAAUCAACUGUCUACUACAGAGUAUACCGUUGAGAUUGCUAUCGAUCUGGCUGGCGGUAGACCCGGGCAUCGAAAGCUAUUGAUAUCCAGCGCCUGAGUAUCAUCAUAUCCAUCGUUAGUUGCGUUAGCACUCUCAUUUUUGGCAAGGCCUUUUCGAAGAAAGGCUGCCAUUGCGGCUACCGCACACGGUGCGAUCCUCUAAUAUGACCAACCCAUCUAUCUUUCCAUCGCUGUGGAGCGAGAGCUUACCUUCUACGGAGGAAGGUCGUCAAGAUGAGUCGGCGAGGUCGCCCAAGUAUGUGCACGAAGUAAAUGUCUCUGCAGCUGGGCUUUCCUUAGGGAAGCAGCAGCGAGAAGAACCAGGACAACAGCCUGUACAUGUUUCAUGGAAAGCAGAUCCCGAGUUGUCGUCCAAUCAAUGGAAUAUGAAUGGGAGUGGUGUGUUCGGAGCAAGCCACUCUUCUUGGAACGAUCUGCACGAUUCCUCGUCACAGCACUCUAGAAAUAGCAGUAUUUGGGCAGACAACCACUCGAGGACGUCGCAUAGUUCCAGCGCAGCCUUUCAUUCCGGAUCAUUCUCUGGCCUUAGAACGCAGUACGCGGACAGUCUCGAUCCUUCCUCGAAUCACACACAAGACUCGUCAUUCUCGAACAGCCUCGCGCAGCUUUCCAUCGGCCCCAACACCUCGACCUAUGCUCACCAGGAUGGUUUGAAUCCACUUAUAGUAGGCCCACCGAGCCCAGCGUCGAGCCCGCAAUCGCAGACGGCAGCUUCUCCGUCCUUUCCAGCCUCCGAUUAUUACUACUUCCCGGCCAGCAGAAACGAUAACCAAACUGACGCUUCGGUAAUAUCGAAAGGAAACCAUAGCAUUCCUGAUUUAAUGAACGCCCAUUCCGGUUCAAGUGCUGGUCAAACGUGGAGUACAGGAGGAUCAUCUAUAGGAAAGAAAGCCGCUCCUCCAGGAUUUGCUUCUCACCACGCAUCGAAUGAGCUUUCGGCAGUUCUCGAAUCUGAAUUUGCGGAUUCGAUGUCGCCUCUACCGCGAACCAGCCAAAAUAGUGACGGUACGAGCAGCAACCCCCAAGCCGCAGUAACAGCUUCAUGGUCCAACCACGACAAUUGUCCCAAGAAAGAUCCUGCGGAUAAUGGGGUCAACACCAGUCAAGAAUCACGUCGUCCCAGGCAACGCGGCAAACAGCGAGCCAACAAGCGCAAGGGAGGCGGCCGGGGUGGAAGUAGUGGUGUCAGCAGUACCGGCGGCCCGUUGACCCCUCAAACAUCACCGCUCAGGGAGCACAAGUCCAUACAGCAACUAUACAGUCCGCGAUCUAUCAAGGACACUUCCAUGGCGUCGCCAUCGACUUUGCGUUCGACCCAGGAAAACGCACGGGCCUCGUAUACCUCUGAAUCUCUUCAACAGCUUUCUACGGUAUCGGAUGAGACAGCUUGGGGAACGAAUAUGACCGCAGAUUUAGAUAAGCAUUCGUAUCACAGUCAACACACCAUUGAUCGGUCCUCGCAACAUCUGUCUCCAACCAGGCCAUCCCAUCAGCCACCUAUUUUGCCUACGCAACCCCCUCUCAUUGACGAUGCAUCGUUCGAUGAUGAUGAAGUGGACGACUUGCAUGAUUUUGCGGAAGAAGGGGACGACGAUGAUGCGUGGGAAGCCAAAUCCUUUUCAGCUCCAUCGAGUUCCUCACCUCGCACGAAAAAGAAAGAAUGGCUACUGCGUAUGAAUCGAAAAUUGCAGGAAAUCCCAAUAGGGCAGCUCGACCCCUCAACUGUCCCCCUAUCAGCUAUAAUGAAUGCUUGGGCCAAAACGAAAAGCGCACAAGGAGCAUCCAUGGUUGAAUUGUGGCUGAAGAGAGCGCAACAGGAGUACGAUUCGGGUAAUCGCCAGGUGAUACCGACCACCAAGAUGUAUACCAUGGCAGUGGAUGCCUGGGCUCGGAGUGGCGAAGGAGGAGCAGCCGCACAGCAUGCGGAGGCCCUUUUGCAGCGCAUGCACCAGCUAUAUAAGGGUGGUGGUCACGAUGCACUCCGUCCAACCACUGGCAUAUUCAACGCCGUCAUCAAUGCCUGGGCCCGUAGCAAGGAAAAAAUUGCUCCAGCUCGCGCCGAGCAGAUCUUGUCCUGGAUGCAGACACUGCACGCUUGUGACAUCCAGCCAGACAAGUACACCUUCAAUACCGUUAUCCAUGCCUACGCUAAGGCUGGUGGUACGGAAGCAGCGGCGAAAGCUCAAGAGCUACUAACGCGCAUGCACGCUAAGUUUAAAGAAGGAGCCACACAGGCAAAGCCAGACACGAUCACGUACAACGUGGUCAUUAACUGCUGGGCCAAAAGUGGUGGCAAAGGUGCUUCGAUCGAAGCCGAAAAGCUUCUGGCUCGAAUGCAUCGCUUACACGAAAUGGGAGACCCCGAUGUUAAACCAAAUGUGGUAACUUACGGAGCAGUAAUUGAUUCCUUUGCCAAGAGUGGCGAACGUGGUGCAGCAGCUCGUGCGGACUCUUUGCUUGCCAACAUGAUGCAGCUACACCAGACAGAUCCCGUCCGGCACUCGGAUCUACUACCCAAUACGUAUGUUUUCAACACUGUGAUUAAUUGUUGGGCCAAGAGCAAGGAACACGACGCUGCUUCAAAAGCAGAAGAAAUGCUCGUUGCAAUGAGUCGCCACCGCAACAGUGGCGGGGAGGAUGUGAAGCCAACGACGAUCAACUUCAAUACAGUUCUUGAUGCCUGGGCGAAGAGUGGCGGUGGCAGAGCAGCAGCGGAACGAGCCGAGGAAAUUUUGGAGUGGAUGGACCGUUUGCAUAAGCAAGGAAACCAUGAUGUGAGACCCGACACUAUUACCUUCAACGCAGUCCUGGACGCUUGGGCGCGUUCCGGCGAUCGAAUGGCGCCUCGCCGGGCUGAGCAGAUAUUGGAUCACAUGGAUGACUUGUGCCGAUCGGGAAACAAGGGAGUCAAACCUGACACAUACACAUAUAACACCUUGAUCAACGCUUGGGCAAAAUCCGGUGAGCGCGGCUCUGCAGCACGGGCUGAACAUGUCCUCUCUGUCAUGGAACAUAGACACCAUGACGGUGAUAACGAUUUCAAACCCAACACUCGAACACACACUUCUGUAAUUGAUGCCUGGGCGAAGUCUGGGGAGAAGGGCGCCGCCAGACGAGCGGAGCAAAUCCUAAACGGCAUGAUAGAGCGCUAUGAAGCAACCGCCGACCCGGACAUCAAGCCCAAUGUUCAUACAGCAAACGCAGUGUGCAAUGCUUGUGCUUUUUCGAAACACGAAGAAGAUCGUGGCGAGGCCUUGGAAAUAGCAUUUCGCGUGUUUGACUGGCUAUCAACGAGGUCCGAGAUGGAUCCUGACUCGUAUACCUACACUAUUCUUUUGUCAGUCUGUGCUAACCUCCUUCCUCGUGACGAUCCUGCUACCCGGUACGCGCACGCGCGAGCUUUUUUUGAAAGCUGCCGAAAUACGGGCUACGUAAACGACUAUGUGUUGCGGAAGCUUCGUCAGACUGUCAGCGAUGACGAGUACCUUGGUUUGGUGGACUACAGGACCGAGCCAUCCGCUUCCAGUAUGCCGUCGUCUUGGACCCGGAACGCCAAAUUUAGCACGGCGGGUCGUGGACGCAAGCAUAACUGGAACAACAAGACCAAUUAUAACAACAACAACAGCAACAAUCGCCGAGGAAAGUAG